CAAAAUUUGGGGGGAGAGAGCGAGCUUGUAUUGACGCCUUAGCCCUCUCUCUCUGCCGCCCAAAAUUCUGGUGUCCGCCUCGAUAUUUUUCGUAUCUGGAAGAGGAAGAACAGCUACAGUACCAAUUUGAGAAGAAGAAGAAGAAGAGGAAAGAUUUUGAAGGGAUAGAGUUCGCGAGAGAAAGAGGAGGGCAAAGAUGAAGACGACCAAAGGAGGUAAGGUGAUGAACCCUACGGAUGCUUACCGAAAGGAGCUUCGCAAGAAGGAAUUGAAGCGGAAUAAGAAAGAACGAAAAAAGGUAAGGGAGGUGGGAAUUUUGAAGAAAGAUCCUGAUGCAAUCAAGGAGCAAAUUCAAAAGUUGGAAAUGAUGAAGGCUGAUGGUGCCCUCGAUAAAGCUAGAAAGCACAAGAAAAGACAGUUAGAAGAUACUCUUCAUCUUGUAAUAAAGAAGAGGAAGGAAUAUGAAGAGAAAAUGAAGGAAAAGGGUGAGGUCCCAGUUAUGUUCAGUCAUUUAGGACCUCCAAAAAGACGAACAGAAGAGGAGGAAGAGGGAGCAAAUCAUCCGAAUCCUGAAGACUCUGUUUACUACCACCCCACACUAAAUCCCACUGGAGCUCCACCACCUGGGAAGCCUCCUAUGUUUAAAUCUUCAAUUGGACCAAGAGUUCCUCAAUCUGAUGCUUCUACUAGUGGUGUUGCAUCAUCCUCAAACAUGGAGCCAGAGGAUGUUCCCUUGGCUGUACCUCCACCUCCCCCUCCGCCUCCUUUGCCAGACUCUGCUAAUGGUCCUGCUCUACCUGAUUCCUUACGUCUACCUCCUCCACCUCCAUUGCCGCCUAUGCCUGUAGCAUCAAACUUGGGUUUACCAUCGUUGCCUCCACCACCUCCUGGACCUCCACCAAGGGAACAAGUUGCAGGUCGCUCUCCCUUUUUGCUGCCUCCAUCUUUGCAGCAGGCUACUAUGAUGCACCCUACUGGAACCAGUGAAGGUGAAAAGGAGAGAAAUCAGCCUGAUUCAGGCUCCAUGGGGCCUUCUCAUCAGGUACCUACUACUCUCCCGCCACCUCCUCCCCCACCUGGGAUGCCACCAAAGCCAGCAAGUGAUCAGUCUGAAGGUGUAUCAGGUGAUGAGGAGAGAAAUAAUUCUUCAGUCACUAAAGAUGUUUCUAAACUUGUUCCUCCACCUCCACCUUCAAGACCUCCAGUACCUGGGCCUUCAUUGAUACCAACCUUGCAGACUGAUGUAUUACCCCCUGGAAUAUCUCGAUUUCCCCCACCUCCACCUCCACCAGAUAUGCGGCCAACAUUAUCUGCACCUGGACUCCCACUUCCGCCUGGAAUGAUGGUCCCGUUGAUGGCAAGGCCACCAUUUGGGCCUCCCCUUGGACCUCCACCCAUGAUGAGACCACCUCUUCCUCCUGGCCCUCCUCCCACUUUUCAUGAAGAUGACCAUAUUGCACAUAUCCCAACUGUCCCUCAAAAGCCCUCAUAUGUUAAGUCUGCUGCGUCUACUGUCGUUAAGCGUCCACUGGCUCAGCACACUCCAGAACUUACAGCAAUGGUUCCUGCAUCAGUUAGAGUGAGAAGAGAGAUUGCAGCACCAAAGACAAAACCGAAGCCUUCUCCAUCAACUGCAGCAACACCGUCUCUGCCCACAGCUCCUAUUGUAGGGAAGCCAGAGUUGGUUAGCUCGACAUCAGCCCCAAAGAAACAGAGUAUCGAUGACUCAUAUAUGGCCUUUUUGGAGGACAUGAAAGCCCUUGGCGCUCUUGAUGGAUGAGAUGUUGAAUCGGUUUACAUGGGAACUGUAGUCAGCAAGUGUAAUGGAAAGGGAGGUGAAACAAAUGGCUUGUACUUCCCAACAGCUGAGAACAAUUCGGGGACGAUAGAUCAUUGCCUUCUGUCUUCAAGGUUUGCUUUGCUGCAUAUACCUGCACUAGUGGAACUGCUUCAUUUCUUGAUAGGGGCAUUUAACUUAGGCCUUAUAUUGUGUCAUGUAGACGUUCUUAUACUUCGAAAAAACUGGAAAUUGUUCAUCAGAUUUUAUCUCGAAUAGAUGCCAAGCUGAUCUUACCCUUAUUUUCUAAGGAAAAACUUGGCCUUUUCUUUUUUCC